AUGCAGCGAUCAUAUUCUCUUCUUUCAAAGGCGCUUCUAUGGAAGGACUACCCAUGUGCCCGCCUGGUGACCAUAAACCGUGAGAAGGCAUUGAAUGCUAUGAACCUGGAGAUGGUUAAAGCGAUGAAGCAGGCGUACGUUCACGAGCCACACACCAAGGGGGAUGCUGCUUUAUACGUGUUGAAGGGAGCGGGCAGCAAAAGCUUCUGUUCCGGCGGGGACAUCAUUAGCGUGACCAAAGAUAACAACAUCGCCAAGGAGUUCUUCUACGAGGAAUACCAAAUGGACUACCACAUCCUCACCAUGCCGAAUCCGCAGGUGUCGCUGUGGAACGGAUACGUCAUGGGUGGGGGUGUCGGCGUCUCAAUUCACGGGCGUUACCGUGUGGCGUCAGAGCGGGCACUCUUUGCAAUGCCAGAGACGGCGAUUGGCCUUUUUCCGGACAUUGGCGCGUCGUGGUUCCUGCCGCGUCUGUCAUUCCCCGGCCUCGGGCUGUACCUCGGCCUCACUGGGGCGCGUCUGAAGGGGGCGGACUUGGCGCAAGUGGGCCUUGCGACGCACUUCGUGCCCUCCGAACACUUUGAACGGCUUGAGGAGCGUCUGUGCAACAUCAAUGACCCUGCGGAGGUGGAGGCGUGCCUGGCGGAGUUUGCCGUAAAGAAACUGCCACCUUUCUCGCUUGAGACGCAUCGCAAGACCCUUGAGAACGUCUUCACGCUGAAGGAUACAACUACUGUGGAGGGAAUUCUCGAUGCACUCGCCGCGGACGGCAGUGAUUUUGCGAAGGCUACUAUUGCCACGAUCAACAGUAUGUCGCCCACAUCUCUCUGUGUGGCGUUGGAGAUGCAGAAGAGGGGUUACAAGGCGAAGGACCCCGCAGAUAUUUUCCACAGCGACUACUCGGCCGCCCUGCGGUCUUGCGCCAAUCCGGAUUUUGCUGAGGGCGUGCGGGCACUUCUCGUCGAUAAGACAAAGGAUCCCAAGUGGAAACCUACCAGGGUCGCGGAUGUCACUCCCGAGUACGUGGAGGCAUACUUUAAGCCUGUGUCGCCGGACUCCCGCCAAUGGCAUCCGACUGCCCCUUACUGA